ACACUGCUGGCGUCUUUUUUUGAAAAAAAAACUAUUUUAAAAAACGAUCGAGUAAACAAUCUGCUAGUUAGACAUACCUGAAAAUGUUCAAAAAUCUGGACCUGAGCGCCCUGAGUGUGGACGACAUCGUGGAGGAGUACAAGCUGCUGCACGACCGCCACCAGCAGCUGAAGGACCAGAGCGAAAAGGAUGCGCAAAGGAUUUACGAGCUAAAGAGGAGCCUGGACACCGCCCUGGCGGCCGAAGCGUACCUAACCCAGGAACUGGAACAGCUCGGCAGCCAGCCGGUGGCCACUAACUCUGGCGGGGAUGCGCAGGAACUGGAGGAGCUGCGGCGGAAGUACAAGGCGCUCAAGGAGGAGCAGGACACCUUGCAGCAGGACUUGGACUCCAAGGUCGAAGAGUCCAGCCAGCUGAGGAGCAAACUGGCAGCCGCUGAACGGGAACUGGCUGAUAAGGCAGCCACCAGGUCCGCUGAUCUCCACGAGGAGUGCUUGGCGCGCUUGACUGCCCUCGAAGCCGAGAACAGCGAGCUGAUGCAAAAACUGGCCGAGUACGAGGAUGCCCGGGUCGCCAACACCUUUGCGGUGGCCGAAAAAGAGAAAACCAUCGAGUGCCUGCAGGAUCGGGUGAGCUGCAUGGAGCAGAACCUCAACUGCAAGCGGGACGAGCUGGAGGAGAAGCUGCAACUGCUGGAGAGCUGCCAGGAGCAGCUCGUCGAUGCCAAUGCCAAGAUAGCGCUACUUACCUCCGCCCCCGAAAACAAUGAUCGCAAGGGCAACUCUCUGUUCGCCGAGGUGGACGACCAAAGGCAGGCCAUGAAGAACCUGCUGGCGGCCCAGAAGAAGAGCUAUCUGGACAUGAAGAAGACCUUUUCGGACAGCCAGUUCGAGAUCAGGCGUCUCAAGCGUGAGAACGUGGCCAUGCACACCGAGCUGCAGGCUUGCAGUACAAUCUUCUGCAGUGCAGACAAGACCUAUCAGAAUAAGUUGAACGAGCGCAUCCGACAUCUGAUGGCUGCCAACGAGAGCCUAGAACGGCAGCUGAAUCUCUCCCAGGAGCGGCUGCGCCAGCUGGCCAGCGAGAAGUCGGUUACCUGGCUGGACUCGAUGCUGGAUUUCUGCAAACGCGAAACGGACGAGCUGAAGGCGCAGCUCCAUAGCAUGCGCAUCCAGAAGGCUGGACUGGAGGAACGAAUGCGAUCCGUGCAGCAGGAAAUGGCACGUUGGCGCUUUGAGUCCCUGAAAUCUCGCUGCGUGCUUAUUGACCGCGAAAAUCUGCUGACGGAGCACAAGAUCGGCUUCAAACCGAUGCAGGCCAUGGAGUUUAACAUCAAGGAGGCGGAGCUAAAAGCUGCGUUACCUCGCAUCGUCAGUGUACUUCCGUCAUCUCCCCGUACAACAGCUCAAUUAUCUGCCCCAAAAACCUCUUUAAUAUCUGAUCCAACUCCUACUGAAACAAUACUUCUCGAUACACCCGUAAAGCCAGCCGUUAAGGAAGAGGUAAUGGAGCAUCUUAAACACGCAGCAAAACCCGCCCUUAAGGGUACACCUGUAAAGGUCAAACAAGAAUCCGAAGAAUUUGAAAUCAAGCAUAUGACAAACAGCACAUCAAUUAAGACAAUUAUGGGUGUUAAAAUAAAGAGGGAAAACAACUUAAACUUGGAGAAUGGCAUCCCCGUCAAUGUCAAAAAGGAAACACCUGUAAAUGUGGAGAUGGAAGCAUCGGAUAUAAUUCCUAAGUGCCAGAUGGAAGGCAACAGUCCUACAAAAAUACCAAAUAAAGCAGAAACGCCUAUAAACCUGAGUGAGGCCGAAGAAGAAGACCAGAAAACUAACGAAGCCCCGGCUAAGCCUUUGAUGAAGGGAACUCCGGUUAAGCAGCGUUUGGGAGGCAUAAAAGUGAAGUCCAGCGAAAUUUUGCUGGAGACGCCUGCUAAGCCGCAGCGCAAGGGAACUCCAGUGAAGCUAGUAAAGCUGAUAACCGAGACUGAAGACAGCGGCGACGAGGAAACUUCUUUAAAGAUGGAAGGAAUCGGGGUCGUAAACAGUAGCGCGCCACAAAAACCACAACGCAAAGGAACUUCUGUAAAAACUGCCGUCAUCAAAGACGCAACUAACAACAAUGUGCGCUCUAUCCUCUCCCAAAAACGGGGGGUCUUCGCCGAAGAUUCGCAAAAAGCGGUCAAGUUUAGUGCAAAUGAUCCGAUUGUCCACAACUUAAGUCCUUUGGAAAAAAGCCAAAGUGAAGAGCUGGUCAAGGAAAAUGCAAAGCCAACUGAGACUGGGGAAUCCAACGACAUUAAGCCCACUAUCAAAAGACCAAACAUCAUACGGCGUAUCGUUGUGAGCUCCCGAAAGCCAACUAUGAAGUGAUUGAAUCAGUUUUCCAAUGGAAACUUCAUUUUAUAUUUAUUCUAAGGGAUCCCCAGCAAUUUGUUACUCAUAUACAACGGAGAAAUCAUAAUAAAAGAAAAGACUAAAUAAUAAUUAUUAUUCGGUAUACUAUAUUCGGCGGAAGCUAUAUAGUAUAGCCUUGGAAGCUAUAAUUUUGGGAUUUGGCAUGGAGAUUUAAGGGCUUCCAGCACAGCGGGGUGCCACGCCCACAAACGAAUUGCGCCCAUAUUGCUUAACAUUUAUAAAAGCUUUACAUGGGAUUGUGUUCUACAUACUUGCCACUAAAACUUAAAACUUUUUUUACCACAAAUUUAUAAUUUUUGAAAUAAGUUUAGAAAUGUUUUCAUUUCAAAAAGUAAAGAGUUUUUGUAAUACAGCUAUUUAAGUUACAUAAAAUUGGUCGUCAGAGAGGCGAACCAACACUUUUUUAGGUCAAUAAACAAUACUAAUAUUAAUUAAUAA